AUGGCCGAUCGAUCCAGAAGCAGAUCCCCCCGCAGAAGGGAUGACGGUGACAGAGAACGCCCCAAAAAGACCGGAGGCUUUCGGUGGAAGGACAAAAGUCGCACCGAUGAUUCCCGCGGCGAUGACCGUAGAUUAGAACGAGGAUACCGAGAGCGACCACGAUCACCACGACGCGACCGAGAUGGAGACCGGUAUGGAGAUAGACCCAGAAAUGGCGACCGCGACCGGGACCAACCACGACGUGACCCUCGAGAUGCGCCGCGGGAAGAUCGGGAAAAGGAAAAGAAAGUGAAAAAGGAAAAGAAGCCGGUCGCUCCGCAGUCUUCAGAGCCUAUGAUUGUGGUUCAUGUCAACGACCGUCUGGGAACCAAAGCCGCGAUCCCUUGCCUUGCGUCAGACCCGAUCAGUAUGUCUCCCUCGCUCUGUUGUUGGUAUCCGCCAGUACUAACAUACUACGCAGAGCUAUUCAAAGCCCAAGUGGCAGCUCGCAUCGGCCGCGAACCUCACGAGAUUCUCCUCAAACGCCAGGGUGAGCGUCCUUUCAAGGAUCAGCUUACACUAGAGGAUUAUGGAGUGAGCAAUGGAGUUCAACUUGACCUGUGA